GACCCGGAAGGAAAAAGCCAAGCGCCGGCUGCAGCCCGAGCACCGUUGAGUGUGACACCGCCCGUCGCCCCGUCCCUUCCUGUGUCCCCACUCCCGGAACCACUUCCGUCUGCGGCUUCUCUCGUGCUCCGGGGUGGAGCGCUCGUGGGCCCGUCCCUCCUCUGCAGCCAGGCGCGCCUCCAGUCCUGCCCUCGGUCCCCAGCAGCCGAACAGCGGCCGGGAGGCCUUCCCGCGCAAUCUGCCGCGUGGCCGCCUCCUCUGAGGCCCUACGAUGUACUGCGAGAAGUGGAGCUCCGUGGCGGAGAUGUGUCUCUUCCUUGAAGACCUGCGGGAGGACUCCUGCAUCCUCUGCCUCUGCUCCAGGGCGUUUGUGGAAGAUCGGAAAUUGUGCAAUUUGGGAUUAAAAGGCUACUACGUUAAAGACGAUGGCAACAGUUCAGGAGAGCAAGCUGCAGAAGAGGAAGAGGGCGGUCGUUCCCAGGGCGCUGCAGAGUCAUGUGACAGCAAAGACGUAGGCCCAGAUGAAAGUGAACUUGAUUCUGAGGCUGAACUCAUGAGAAGCAUGGGACUGCCACUUCAGUUUGGUAGUGUGUCUGCACAUAAGAAUUUUGAGGUAUCUAUGAAUACUAGAAACAAAGUUAAAAGAAAAAAGAAAAAGCAUCAAAAGAAGUACUUGGAUGAAAUUCAGAGAGAAUCUUGGAGACGAGAAUGUGAGGAAGGUGACAUUUUGGCCUCAGAUGAUCCAUCUUCAUCUGAGAAUGAGAGCACCAGAAGGUAUGAACUUCAAACCAAAAAAGACAUUGACGGUGAGAAUCUUCCUGCUGAAAAUACAUUACCUCCAAAGCUGGAAAUUACAGAGCUCUGGGAGAAGUACUGGAAGGAAUACGGGGGGGAACUGCUGUGGCAAAGCUGGCAAGAAAAGCAUGCAGGUCAGACGCCAUGCUCAGAGCCCUGGAACGUCCCUAAUACAAAGGCAGAAUGGGAGCAGCAUUAUAGCCAGCUGUACUGGUAUUAUUUGGAACAGUUUCAGUAUUGGGAAGCUCAGGGUUGGACUUUUGAUGCUUCACAAAGCUGUGAUACAGAUACUUGUGGGUCUAAAACAGAAGUUGACAACAAGAAAGACGAAAAUCGCACGAAAGCAGAUGAACUUUCUUCUGCAUCUUCAUCAGUGGGUAGCGAAAGCUCUAGUUCAGGUGAUAAAGAUCGUAAUGAAAUUCUUGAUGGACUUAGUAAUAUAAGCCUGAAUUCAGAGGAAGUAGAACAGAGCCGAUUAGGUCCCUCUGUGAGUUGUGACGGACGUCAGCGUGAAGUGAACAGCAGAAGAGAAUGCCCUGCUUCGGGCCAAAGUGAACCAUGUAAUGGAGGAACCAAGGAAAGCGGCUUGUCUGGGAACAGAAGCACAGGCCAACCAGCUCAGGAUUCACAAGAGUCAUCAGAAGCAAACACAGUCAAAGACAGCCCACGCCUCAUCGGCACUGAUGGAGAUGAGAGUGGCGAAGAUCCGCCUGAGCAGAAGCCAAGCAAACUCAAGCGGAGCCAUGAACUGGACAUCGAUGAAAACCCAGAUUCAGACUUUGAUGUCGACGGUUCCCUUCUAGGAUUCAAGCAUGGCUCAGGACAAAAAUAUGGUGGAAUUUCAAAUUUCAGUCACCGGAGGGUCAGGUAUCUGCACAAGAAUGUGAAGUACAAGGCAAAGUACUUGGACAUGAGAAGACAAAUCGAUAUGAAACACAAACACAUCUUCUUCACUGAGGAGCCAGGAAAAACUCUUCUCAAGAAAAGCAAAACUCUGAGUAAGGUAGAAAAAUUCCUAAAAUGGGUUAAUGAACCAAUGGAUGAGGAAGCGUCGCAGGAGGCAGUUUCUCAUAACAAUGUGCAAGAUACGUGCACAAGCAGUGGUUCAGAGGAACAAGAAGUGUCUGUUGGAAAAGGGGAUGACCCACCGGAGACGAGUGAGCCGGAGCCUGGAAAGCGUCGUGCCGUGUCUUCAGCUGGGGAAGUGGGAACAGAGAAAACUGACGGGGACAGCACAGCAGCAGCAGCGCCAGAUGAGGGGGCCUGCCCCGCCCAGGCUGCACCAGACCGUCUUCAGGAAGAAGCCGAAGCUGAAAAUAAAAAGAAGAAGAAGAAGAAGAAGAAAAGCAAGAACAGAAAGGGGAUUGGUCUGCCUCCUGAGAUCACUGCUGUGCCCGAGCUGGCCAAGUACUGGGCCCAGAGAUACAGGCUCUUCUCUCGCUUCGACGACGGGAUUAAAUUAGACAGAGAGGGCUGGUUUUCCGUUACACCCGAGAAGAUCGCUGAGCACAUCGCCGGCAGGGUUAGCCAGUCCUUCCAGUGUGACACUGUAGUCGACGCAUUUUGUGGAGUUGGAGGAAAUACCAUUCAGUUUGCCUUAACAGGAAAGAGAGUGAUCGCCGUUGAUAUUGAUCCUGUUAAGAUCGAUCUCGCUCGCCAUAAUGCAGAAAUUUACGGGGUAGCGGACAAGAUUGAGUUCAUCUGUGGAGACUUCCUGCAGCUGGCUUCUCAUUUAAAGGCUGACGUCGUGUUUCUCAGCCCGCCUUGGGGAGGACCAGACUACGCCACUGCCGAGAUCUUUGACAUCAGCACCAUGAUGUCCCCUGAUGGCUUUGAAAUUUUCAGACUUUCCCAGAAGAUCACGAAUAAUAUCAUUUAUUUUCUUCCAAGAAAUGCUAAUAUCGACCAGGUGGCAUCCUUGGCCGGGCCUGGAGGGCAAGUGGAAAUAGAACAAAACUUUCUUAAUAAUAGAUUGAAGACAAUCACUGCUUAUUUUGGGAAACUGAUCCGCAGAUCAGCCUCUGAAUCAUAAGUGAGGUGACCAAAAGAUCAUAGCGGUCAGAACACUAUUCACUUGGAAUUUCUUCUCUGUAUUCACUGAUACUUUGUACCCAUAGUCAAAUGGGUAUUUGUACCCCAAUACACUUUUUCCCCACGUUGAUGCAGUACCAUCCGGAAUUUACUUUUAAACAUCCAUUUAUUUUAUAAAGUUAGUGUUUCUUAAGUUUCUAUUGAAAAAAAUGUGAAAUAUAUUUUGUAAUAUAGAAGUUUAUAUUCUUUUUCUAUUAAAAUGGCAGUGAAAGGAAGAAGAAUAUGUGUUGCGUAACUGUUCAUCCAAAAGGUGUGUUCAGUCAUUUUUAAAGUAGGUCAGAAUUCAGGGACAGGGGACUCUUUCGCCACAGGGGAUCUGGGAUCUUUAUCUUGUAAUAAUAUGGGCAUAUUAAGCAUGGUUUUGGCUGGGAUAGAGCUGGUGGAUUGAAAUAAACUGGAAAUUUUCCAGUAAGUAUUAGAAAAAAAUAACUGUUAAAUAAAAAACAACUUUGUUGGAGAAUGGAGCAGUGCUAACUUUAGUCUCUUGAAACUUUACAAAGUUUGCCUGAUUGCCCUGCAAUACCGCAGCAAUUGAACUGAUCAUUAAGGAUGGAAGUAAUUUCUUAUUAUUUAAUUUGCAACAUCAAAAUCUGUCGAUGUUCUAGGUUUUUAUACUUUUUCAUCAGGUAGGAUUAGUGUCUAACCCGUCAACUUGUCACCACUUUUUAAAUAAUGGCAGUGUUGGUCAUUAACAGCUCUAUACGUGGCCCUCAGCACUAGAAUAUGCUCACUUAGCCCCUUGGGGUGGGAGAUGGAAGGGUAAAAGCAGAUUUCCAAAAUCACCAAUUAUUUUUUAGUUUUUGUCAUUUAACUUUCAUGCAUAUGCUUUUUUCCACAAUACAUUUUCUUGUAUAUUGUUAACAUUAAAACUAAUUUGUCUUCCUGAACAUAUGUGACCGUGUAUAAGUAGAACAGGAAGCCUAACCAAGGUUAAAAUAUUCCUGCCCUCUAAUGGCACAGAUAUAUAGCUGACUUGUAAAAUGACUCAUUUACAGAUUAGUAGUGCUCAAAAGAACUUUAUCUACUAAGCAACCCCCGUGUCCAAAUAAAAUCUUCCCGAGAAGCCAAAUCCUGUUCUAGUCCAACUCGGUUUUAUUUUCUUGUUAAAUUAUAAAACUUUUUAAAGACAUUUUUAUAAAAGUGAAUAUGUAUUCCAACAGUUUAAAUACAAAGUGAACACAGCACCCUCACCUUACCAUCCGCCCCUGCCUUGAGCCCUUCCUCUCCAUCCCCAUCUCCCACACUUGCACUCCUUUUCCCAAAGGCAACCGCUAUUGACACUUUGGUGUAUAUCCUUUAAGACACUUCUCUGCAGUAUAAGCUUGUGCAUACACAGUGGGAUGGGGUGGGAUUGGAUUAUAUUAUUUUGGCAUUUGAGUUUUGUUUUUAAUUUAAUGUCUUACAAAUUUUUCCACAUCAAUACGUAUACAUCUUCUAACAAUCACAUAAUAUAAAUCUAUGAGAAUUUCUUUAACCGUUACCCAACUCUGAACACUUACAUUGUUCCCAGUUUUUGCAAUUGCAGAUAGUACUAUGGUGUAUAUUUUUAAGUAGAGUAGAUUCCUAGAAGUGGAGUUUUCAAGUCAAAGUUCAUGCUUAUUUUUUUCUUUAAUGUAUCAUGUCAGGUUGUCCUCCAAAAAUGUAUAUUCUCACUAGCUAUGCAUGAAAGGGGCCGGUUUUCCCCACAGCCUCAAAAACAUAUCAUAUUUUUUCACUUCUUACUGUUACCAAUCUGAACAAACAAUAAACUUAUUUUAAUUUGCAUGUCCUUA